AUUCAAAAAGAUGAACUUGAUGAACUCAAAAUUAGUUAAGGCAGGAUUGAUUGGACUGAUCGGCCUCAGCUUUGUAGCCUAAUAAUAAUAUAAUCGAUUUUAAUGUGCUGCUCCCUACUUUUCAUUCAUUUCCCAUACAGAAUUAUAACAAUUUCGUCUGAGGUUCCCCAGUUUGUACGUGCUAGAUAAAUUCCAAGUCGAGCAUAUCCUCAGCGUUAUUCGCAAUAAAACAACACAAACCAAAGUAGCAUCAUUAGUAAAAUUUUAGAAUUUUCGCUUAUAUUCUGAUCGAUUGAUUAGAUUGCUAUUGGAAAAGGCAGUGUCAGAGCACUUAAAAAAAAUGUCCCCUCAAGAAGGGUGUCAGGCCUUACAAUAGUAAGCCUAAGCGAUAAGCUUUGAGUAGAACUAAUUUUGCGUGGUAGUGAUGAUAAGAUCUGGAAAUGCAUUUUUGGGAGAGGCCCUAAAAGUGCUACCAGGCACAUCAGUUGGAUUCAUCCUAGUUUAAGAACAUCCUUAGACCAAGGAUCCGCAAUUAAUCUAUUGUAAAUUGCCAGAAGACGUAGAUCAAAAAUAAGUACAGAUAUAAAACUAAAUUAGGUAAUUCUCACAGAUGCUAUGAUAACUACUGGAGGUAGAAUAACUACGGCUAUAAAAGCAUUAAUAUCUCAUGGUGUAAGUCAAGAUAACAUCACUGCAGUGAAUAUAGUUUCAUGUGAAAAAGGUCUCUCAAAAGUGCUUCAUCAAUUUCCUAAGGUGAAAGUAAUUACUGCAGGAGUGGAUCAUGCAUUAAAUACUAUACAAGAUCUACGGUUCCCAGGAGUAGGAGACUUUGGAGACAGAUAUUUCGGGACCUUAGAUCAAUAAUGA